AUGUUCACUCAAGACGCAAACCGCCUCACUUACACCUACGACCACGAGGUCCUCCACCUCGAGCCAUGGGGACCCAACGCGUUCCGCGUCCGCUCGACCAAGAGCGACGCCAUGCCCCCAGAAGACUGGGCACUGGAUGAGCCCGUCCCCAAGCUCAGCCCAGAGAUCAAGAUCAGCGAUGACGAGGCAACCAUCACUAAUGGGCAGAUCCGCGCCACGGUCUCCCGCAGCGGCAAGGUCACGAUGCACAACGCCGCGACGGGCGAGCUCAUCUUCGAGGAGUACACGCGCACGCGGGACGAUGUGCGCGACCCAAAGGCGUCGGCGCUGUACGUGCAGGCGCGGGAGUUCAAGCCCAUCACCGGCGGGGACUACGCGCUGACCCUGCGGCUGGAGUCCGUGUCGAAGAAGGAGAAGCUGUACGGCAUGGGCCAGUACCAGCAGCCGUACCUGGACCUGAAGGGGACGGACCUGGAGCUGGCGCACCGCAACAGCCAGGCCAGCGUGCCGUUCCUCCUCAGCAGCCUGGGAUACGGACUACUCUGGAACAAUCCCAGUGUUGGGAGGGCGGUGCUGGGCACUAACAUAAUGUCGUUUUCUGCGUCGAGUACUAAGAAGCUGGAUUACUGGAUCGUGGUGGACGAGUCCCCCAGGAAGAUUGUCGAGGCCUAUUGCAACGUGACGGGCAAGCCGCCCCAGAUGCCCGAGUACGGCCUCGGGUUCUGGCAGAGCAAGCUGCGGUACCAGACCCAGGAGGAGACGCUGCAGGUGGCAAGGGAGUACAAGCGGCGGAACCUGCCCCUGGACGUCCUCGUCAUCGACUUCUUCCACUGGCGCGCACAAGGGGAAUGGUCCUUCGACAAGGACUACUGGCCAGACCCGCAGGCGAUGUGCGACGAGCUGCGGUCCCUGGGCGUCGAGCCCAUGGUGUCGAUCUGGCCGACGGUCGAGCCGGACAGCGAGAACUGGGACGAGAUGCUGGAGAAGGGCCUGCUGAUCCGGAGCGAGCGCGGGUUCCGGCACGUGAUGGACUUCCAGGCCAACACGACGCACUUCGACGCGACCAGCCCGGCGGCGCGCAAGUACGUGUGGGGGAAAGCCGCAAAGAACUACGGGCAGUACGGGAUCCGGCUGUUCUGGCUCGACGAGGCGGAGCCAGAGUACCGGCACUACGACUUUGACAACUGGCGGUACCACCUUGGCCCCUCGCUCGCCGUGGGCAACAUCUACCCGCGGCACUACUCGCAGGCCUUCUACGAGGGCGCGACGGCCGUGGACGGGUCAGGCAAGUUCCACGGCCGCGAGCCCAACACGGUCAACCUGGUGCGGUGCGCGUGGGCGGGGAGCCAGAAGUUCGGCGCGCUGGUCUGGAGCGGCGACAUCGCGAGCAGCUGGGGCAGCCUGCGCAACCAGCUCGCCGCGGGGCUGAACAUGGGCGUCGCCGGCAUCUCGCACUGGACGACUGACAUCGGCGGCUUCCACGGCGGCGACCCCGAGGACGAGGGGUUCAGGGAGCUGCUGGUGAGGUGGUUCCAGUGGGGGGUCUUCCUGCCCGUGUUCCGGCUCCACGGGGACAGGUACCCGAACAAGCCGCCGCUUUCUAACAGCGGCGGUGGGAAGUGCCCGUCUGGCGCGGAUAAUGAGGUGUGGUCGUACGGGGAGAAGGUCGGUGCGAUUCUUGAGCGGUAUCUCAAGCUUAGGGAGACCCUGAGGGAAUACGUCAGGAGCUUGAUGACAGAGGCAAGCGAGACGGGUGCGCCCCUGAUAAGGCCACUCUUCCUGGAGUUCCCCAAGGAUAAGCAGGCUUGGGAGGUCGAGGAUGAGUACAUGUUUGGUGGGAAGUACCUCGUUGCUCCCAUUCUCUACCCGGGGUUGACCAAGAGGAAGGUUUACUUUCCCCUUGGGGUGAAGUGGAAGGAAAUGGAGGGAGACAAAGUGUACGAAGGUGGUGCAACAUCUGAGGUGGAUGCACCGCUAGAGCGCUUGCCGGUUUUCGAGAGGACAUGA